CUGGAAUUCCGUAUGAAUUGAAUACUGUCAUGAAAACACUCGUUUGUUUUUUCUUCUUUGAGUAUGCAAUGAACGUCUACGGUUUCGUGCUGUCGCGGAUGGGUACUUGGGUUGUAAACAAUGCAUUGAUUUGAAACCCCUCCGCGAGGCCGCCCGGCCAGUGGCGCGCAUCUACUAAAAUGGCCGACAUCGGUCGUGCUUUUCUUGCAGUUCGCCCGUGACGACGACCGAGGCUUCCAACGCUGCUCGGGAGUCGCUGGCCGUACGUUUUCGACCCGUUUGUAACUCCAUACAUGAAUUAUAAGGAGGGCCGCACAGGAGUUAUGCUGCUCUCUAAACUGGGCUCCGCCUUGUCUUCGGCGGCGUGCAGCGUGGAAAUGCCGCCGGCAAAGCAACAACAGGCCAAAGAGGACGCGGCGCCGUUUGAGAAGGUGUACCGACUGGACUCGGUGCUGGGUAGCGGCGGGUUCGGCACCGUCUACUCGGGCGUCCGCGUGGCCGACGGCGUGCCGGUGGCAGUGAAACAUGUGUGCAGAGACAGAGUGACUGAGUGGAGCUCUUUGUGUGGCGCCGUGGUUCCGCUGGAGAUCGUGCUGCUGAAGAAGGUGGGGGAGGAGUUUGGCGGCGUGGCGCGGCUCCUGGACUGGCGGGAGCACCCCGACGGCUGGCUGUUGGUGCUGGAGCGCCCCGAGUCGGGCCAGGAUCUCUUUGACUACAUCACGGAGCGCGGCGCACUGGACGAGGCGGUGGCGCGCGGCUUCUUCUGCCAGGUGCUGGAGGCGGUGCGCCACUGCUAUGCGUGCGGCGUGCUCCACCGCGACAUCAAGGAUGAGAACCUGGUGGUGGACCUGCGCACUGGCCACAUCAAACUCAUCGACUUUGGGUCGGGAGCGCUGCUCAAAGAUGGAAUUUACACAGACUUUGACGGCACUCGUGUGUACAGUCCUCCAGAGUGGAUUCGUCUCAGUCGCUACCACGGCCGCUCUGCCACCGUGUGGUCCCUGGGGGUACUGCUGUACGACAUGGUGUGCGGAGACAUUCCCUUUGAGCACGACGAAGACAUCCUCAGCAGGCGACUGCGUUUCAGCUCCACCCUCUCCGCAGAUUGCCAGCAGCUGAUUGGCUGGUGCCUCAGCCUGGAUCCGUGCGAGCGUCCAACUCUGGAGCAGAUCCUCCUGCACCCGUGGGUGGCGUGGAAUGGUGACAUUGAGGAAGAGGAAGGGGCCGUCACACUACACGGGUCAUCAUCAUCAUCAUCCCAGGAAAGCGUCUGAUUGGUCAAAAGUUUAGGAGGCGGGUGCUGGUUUUCUCAGGUUUUUUUCUCAUCUUGUAGCAAUCGAGUCAACUCCUCACGCACAGUCAAUGCAAUGUUGUUAUUAUUUAUUUUCUAUAUACAGUAUAUAUUUGCGUUUUAUGCAAAUACAUGUUUUAUUUAUAGAAAGAACAUUCCACAUUAUUUAUACUCUACACUUUUCUAAGUGUUUUCUGUUUUCGAUAUUUUUUUAUACUUAACAAGCUGGAUUUUUUGGGGGAUAUGUCUGUUGUUUUUAAUGAUAUACAAAGUAUUUUUGUUACAUCUUUUUCAAAAUAAAACUUUUGUAUGACAAAUGA